AUUAUGCAUAAUAUAGAGUUUAGACGUUGUACAAAAUCUAUAACGACUCGAACGUUCCGUGAAAUUUUAUCGUCCAAACUUGCCAACAACACGACGUCGUCUCGUUACUGCACACAUGCUUAAUGUCGUGUGCAACGUGCGUUUUAUAUUGUAGUCUUUUCUCAGGAAUAAUCAUGUGAAAAACGAUUAGGCACAUUUAGUCUCGCGAUACGGACUCGCCGGCACCGUCGUCCGGCCCGAACCGAAAACCGAUACGACGAUUGUGUGCAGUGUUCCUAGAAAAUUUGAUGAUGGUCAUCGUUACUGAAUAAUAUUUUUAUCGUGAUGAUAACGCGUAAAGAAAAAACUAAAAAGCAAUGUCACUAGUCGCGUAGAAAGAAAAUCCGAAACCGUUCCAAACGAUGUUGAUUAGACGUAUACUGUGAUGACAAAUGGAUAUCAUGUUCCUUAUCGUCAUAACCGUGUUGCUGGUGAUCGCAGCAAUACUGUUUGCGGUGUCCAAAAAGUAUGUGGUGGAAAAAUUGAAACAAGAAACCAACACAGACUUCCAGAAACUCCAGAAACGUUACUUGAUCGUGUACUGCUUGGCGUGUUUUGCUGAUUGGCUGCAAGGACCGUAUGUCUAUAAAUUGUACAAACAGUACGGUUAUAAUGAAGGAGAGAUCGCUGUACUUUUCAUUACCGGCACCAUAUCCAACAGUUUAUUUGGUACCAUAACAGGAGCACUGGCAGACAUUUACGGCCGUAAAAUGCUAUGCAUUUCUUACGGUAUAUUAUACUCAGGGUGUUGUAUGACUAAAAUGUUUGGGAACUUUCAAUUAUUGCUUGUUGGACGCAUGUUAGGAGGUAUAAGCACGUCUAUUCUGUAUUCGGCAUUUGACUCGUGGUAUAUUAAUGAGCAUAUCAAUUAUUACAAGUUACCAGAAGAGUGGUUGAAUAAUACAUUUGCCAAAGCAACAUUUUUUAACGCUACACUUGCUAUACUAGCUGGAUUGUUGUCUUACUUUUUGGUAAGCGUGUUGGAAUAUGGACCUGUUGCUCCUUUUAUAAUGGCCAUUCCAUUUCUUAUAACUUCUAGCAUAUAUGUUAUCUCUGUUAUAAAUGAGCACUAUAUUCACAACACAAAGUCUGCUUCGGCGUCAGUGAAAAAAGCUGUUAUUCUGUGGAUAACAAAUAAAAAUAUCUUCACCCUUAGUGUUGUUCAGUCUUUGUAUGAAGGUGUCAUGUACUUGUUUAUAUAUAUUUGGACCCCUACAUUUGACGUGUUAAAAGACUCAAAACCACCGUUGGGGCUAGUAUUUUCAAGUUUUAUGUUAGCUCUGAUGAUCGGUUCAAAAAUAUAUUCAAUAUUAUUGGGAAAUAGUUCUUUAGAUUCAAAAAAACAACUGCAACUGGCUACAUUUACAGCAAGCUUUUCAUUUUUAAUUUGUGCCUUGACAAUAUCAAACAUAUUUUUUGAUUACAAUGGCCAACAAAAAUACUAUAAAGUAAUGACUUGUUACUUUUGUUUCUUAUUGUUUGAAAUUUCCAUUGGUAUGUACUUGCCAUCUAUGACAUAUUUAAAGAGUCAAGUAAUACCAGAGAAGAUUAGGGUUACCAUAUCAAAUGUAAUUAAAAUACCUAGCAAUCUUUUCAUUUGCUUGGCACUCUUAUGGAUAUAUUUUAAAGAACCAAAUGAGAAAAAUAUAAUAAAAAUUGAAGAGAAUCAAGAACCUGAUGUAGAUUUUAUUUUAACAAUUUUUGUAGUAUGUUUUAUUGCUACACUCAUAACAUUUAUAUUUUCUAAAAUAUUUUCUAAGUUUCACACCGAAACAUACAAAGACAUAAUUAAACGUCAUGAAAUUGAAGUUUAAAUAUGUUUAUGGCAAUGUGAUUAUUCAUAUAAUAUAGGUAUACUAUGUUUACCUAAUUAGCAGUGGUGCAGUGGAGGGUACACACGGGUACACGGUGUGUACCCACCUCCUAAUAUUAUAUUUAUACGUGUACCCUUAACAAAAAUUGCGGUACGCAUGUUAGGUGAAGCCCCCCACAUUAUUUUUUGCAAUGAUUAAGGUGUGUAACCAUAAACUUUUAAGGACUAUAUUACUGCUAAUUAGGUACUAAUUAUUAAUGAAUUUAAUUUAAGUUACCCACUUAAUUCAUAUAAAGUGAUUAUAUUUUUGACUUUUUUCUUUUAUGUUAACACCAAAUUGAAAUGAUUCAUAUCUGAUUUAUAAACAUAUGUAUUAACCAGAACAUUUUCUAAUUCUAAGCUGGGACUGCAAAUAACAAAAAAUAUAAUGUAAUGUUUGUGUUAGUAUCUGUUAAUAGUAAAUUUAAAAUUGAUUACCAAUGUAUAUGUUUUAAACUGUGUAUUAAUUAUUGACUUGUUAGCAAUUUAACUCAAUAACCUAAAAUAGAAAAAUCAAUUCUCUGUAGAUUAUGUUUGUGAAUUUUUUCAGCUCAACAAAUUUGUUAUAAUAUUAAUAAUUUGUUACAAAUAUAUUUAUUACUAUUUAAACAUUUAGAAAGAUCAUUUAUUAUUAAAGACACUUCUAAUUGUUAUCAAUUUUGUUACAACUUAUAUAAUGUUAAAAUAGUUAUGUUUUUUGUUCUGAUGAUUUACCAAUGUAGAUGUACAAUUAUUGUUUAAGCCUGGUACACACUAUGUCUCUCAUUAUAGUAACUCUCACAAUAUCAUGUAUAAUGGUUGCUUUCGCAAGAAUUUAAUAGGUACUACCUUUGCGUGGACCCGGCUUUAUUGUUAUUCAUUACUUUAAUUCUGUUCUAUAUCACUGUGACUUAAAAUUGUUGUAACAUUACAAUUGUAAAUGGUUUUGUUUAUUUACUAUUUUUAAUACUAAAAUGUGUAAGACAUAUAUUGACAUAUAUUUAUACAAAAUAAAUAUUUUAAAAGAUAUUUUCCAAAA